AUGGUCGAAGUCCUCUCUCCAGGCCUCUCCCAAAAUGGGCAUGCUCCCCCCUCUCAUGACGACAACGUCGCCUCCCUGGCACGCAUGCUCCUUGCGAGCAGCAUGGCUUCUAAUCAGGAGGACAAGAUGAUGAGCCGCGAAGAGCGCCAUGCUAUGUUGAAGGAAAUCAGCCAGCAUCAGGCUAUAAAGGACGAGCUGAACAAGAAACGCGGCGGCUGGCGCACCCCUCGCCGUGGCUGGUCCAUCACCGACUCUCCCGUUGCGUCUUCUCAUGUCAGCCCUGCACCCAACGCCUCGCAAUAUCCUGCUCCUCCCAUGGAGAAGCAGGCAUCUAAUACCCCUAGCUCGAGCUCCAUCUCUCCAGUCCCUGAACAGGGCGAGUUCGCCGCACAAGAGAUGAAGCAUGCGCCACACCCUCCCCAGGUUCGAAGGCCUCCUUUGCCACCCCCGCGACGCUCUUACUCUGUCAUGGACUACGAGCCACCACCACGCACGCACCGCCCUUCAGCGCAUAUGGACAUCUUUGACCUCCCUAUUGAGCUACACUAUGCCAUCUUCGACCACCUCGAUCCUAUUGACAGCGCCUGCCUGGGCUUGACCAACAGUCACUUCUACGACAUUCACCGUCGCAUGCAUGGCAUCGUCCCCUUGUCCUCGCACCGCAGCGGACCUAAUGACCUCGAAUGGGCAUUUUAUCUUGCUAGCCGUCGCAUCCCCCAGUCUAGCUCUGGUACUUCCACACCUACCACCACCACCACCACCACUGAUGGACAGGAACAUGCUCGUCACCUUGAAGGCAUGCGACUUAAAGGUCAAGUCUACUGCCGCAAAUGCGGUCACUACCGCUGCCAGCUAUAUCGCCAUCUUCGCGUGUGGAUGGGCCCGGAAAGAGAGUACUGCGAAGUCACGAAGAAGUACGGCCGUCGCGCUCCUGAUGGAGCGGCUGAUCACUGCUCCAUCAAGUCGCCAAAGCACCCCCAUCGUUGUGGACGGCACAGCGCUAAGCCCCCUCAGCCUUCCAGGUGA